AUGGGAUGCACUCAAUGCACUCAAAGACAAACAUCAUCUAAAUUUUUAUCGAAUAAUGAUAUUGAAGUAUUACAAACAUUUUGGCAAUCAAUAUUAUCGAAUGAUUAUACAUCUUAUGGUGUUAAAUUAAUGUUAAAUUUAUUCGAACAACAUCCUGAAAUAAAACAUUUAUGGACAUUUGGACAGUAUAUAUCUGUUCAUGAUAUAUGUAAUGAAUAUGAAAAUAUUAUAUCAAAAACAGAUCAAAUAUGGAAAAAACAAUUAUGUGAACACGGUGCAAAAUUAUUUGGUAUACUCAAUUUUAUUAUUCUAAAUAUAAAAGAGCCUCAAAAAUAUCAAUUAUAUCUCUGUGAACUGGGAUCAAAGCAUUAUUUAUUCGGUGUUACAGAAAAUUAUUUACCGGUUAGUAUUGUUGAUAUAAACUUUAUUUGAAAAUGAAAAAAUUUUAAUACAAAUCGAAAUUGCGAUCCAAUGGAUUACAUUGUAUCAAUUUGCAAAAGAGCCUUACAGAAACAGAUAAGCAGGAAAGAUAAUAACAGACUCUAUGGGCAAGAGAGAGACGACUUUCAAUGAAUUCGUACAGAUAUGAGAUAGAGAUGUAUCAGCUUCGGUAUCAAAAUACAGCAACUCAGACGGGCACUUAAAAACGUUUAGUAUCCGAGAUAAAAUCAUAUAUACAGUUAUAAACAAAAAGAAAUGUCUGUUUAUUGGGAAUACCUUUCAAAAGUAUUCAAGUCUAGUCUGAUGCCCACAUUAUAAAUUUAAAUAAACUGCAUUAGUAUCUUUAUGAGGCAUGCACAGAGUAAUUGACUAAGGAUUUUAUAUUUUUUCCAGAACCUGCCGUUUCGUAAAUUGCUUCGUUCGAAAUUUUCUGACUUGGUAAGAAUGUAGAGCAAACAUUUCUCUAAAAAAUGAGAGAUUGAACAGAUCUGUACGAUUUAUUUUGAGAUUUCGGCAGCGAUACUUCAAGAAUACAUAAUCGAGUAUCGAUUACUCGAUUAGUCUCUUAUGGAGACAUUGUUGCCAAAAUCUCAAAAUAAAUCGUACAGAUCUGUUCAAUCUCUCAUUUUUUAGAAUAAACAACUUUGAUGACAAUUUUAUAAAAUUUAACCACAU